AUGGCUUCGGUUUUCCGAGUGACGACGAGGUCGCUCGUCUGCCCUCGCCAGUCGUGUCUCGCGUCCUCGUCGAGAAUAGACCUCCCAGUAUUCUAUCAGACGACUCGUAACGCCUCAAAAGCGCCAACCAAAUCUUCGUCAAAGGGCGUCAAAGGUCGUCCGCGGAACCAGCAGAUCGAGCACCGGGUCGUCCGAAUGGUCAAUCCGGAGACGUCUCACUUGGAACCUGCCGAAGAGCUAUCCGAGAUCCUGCGGCGCACAGAUCUCACCCUUUUUGCUGUGGAGCUUGUCACUGAGCAUCCCGAACCUAUCGUCAAACUCGUGAACAUGCGCGACGAAUACUUGAAACGCAAAGCGCAGGAGGAAAAGAAGAGGGUGCAGCCGAGGCCCAGGGAGGAGAAGGAGAUCAUGAUGACGUGGGGUGUUUCGUUGGGCGACUUUGACCACAAGCUCGACAAAGCGCGACAGGAGCUGGAGAAGGGGAACAGGGUGACUUUGAUCUACGCACGCCGGAAGGACCAACCUCAGCUGACUCCAGAGGAAAUGGAGGCACGGGUGCAGGAGACGAUCAGCUCGUUGGCAGAAGCGGGUGCUGAGUGGAGGCCGCGCAAAGCAAACAAACAUACCACAUCGCUUUAUUUUCAAGGUCACAACCUGCCGCCGCCGUUACCGCAGCGACCACAGCAGGAGACGGAGAAGCCCGCCGUGUCCUCAUACGCGCAGAAACGAGCAAAACGAUCAUAG